AUGCAAUCAACUACCGUCCUUGUCGACUACCACAACUCAUGUCCCAAAUGCGGCGCUGGUAUUAGCGGAGACUCCAAGAACUGUGGCUCUUGUGGCAGCUCUUGCCCUGUCUAA